AUUAUGAUUUUGUUCUAUCUCUUGUCAUUGGCUGUGGAGUGUGUUUCUGCUAUCAACCGACAUUACUAUUUGGCAGCGACAGAGGUGGAUUGGGACUACGCUCCUCUUGGAAACGAUGUGACGGCAGCUAACGCCACGGAUGCCGGAAUAUUUUUAAAACAUGGCACAAACCGUAUAGGGCACAUUUACAUGAAAGCUAUUUAUAAAGAAUACACAGAUGAUACGUUUUCCGUGGAACGAACCAAACCAGGUUGGCUUGGAAUUGUGGGACCGAUUCUUCAUGGAGAACUUGGAGAUACUGUUUAUGUUCACUUCUGGAACCGAGCCAGACGCCAUUAUUCCGUCCACCCCCACGGUAUACGAUACACCAAAGGGAAUGAAGGAGCACUUUAUCUGGACAAAACUUUUGGGCCGCAAAAAGUGGACGAUAUGGUACCACCCGGUGAACACUAUCUGUAUUCUUGGAAUAUCACAGAAAAUUUCGCCCCUGCCAGAGAUGAUGAGAAUUGUAUAGCCUGGGCCUACCACUCGCACGUUCUAACCACCAGGGAUGCGAACACCGGACUUAUUGGUCCGCUCAUUACAUGCAAAGCAGGUGUACUGGACGCCAAUGGAAACCGACUCGAUGUCAAACAAGAAUUCGUGUUGUUGACUAAACUAUUUGACGAGAACAAAAGCUGGUAUCUCAGGGACAACCUGAAGAAAUGUGGUAAUCCAAAGUCCUGCUAUGCCGAACAUCGAUCCCAUGACCCUGAUUUUAUACAGUCCAAUCUACUAUAUACUAUUAAUGGAUAUACCUUUGGCAACGGACCCGAUUUUUCUACCUGCACCGGAACCACUAUAGCUUGGCACAUCAUGGGCAUGGGAAGUAAUUCAGAUUUGCAUUCGAUUCAUAUUGAGGGACAGGUUUUCCAGAAAGAUCAACAUACAGUAGACACCAUCCGAGUGGCACCAGCCGUGUUUAAAACAUCAGCUAUGCGUGUUUCUCAACACCCAGGAUCAUGGCUCAUUAGCUGUCAAAUUGCACAUCAUUUCACAAGUGGAAUGUUAGCCUAUUUGAACAGUCAAAAAUGUGAGUCUGACUGGCUACACGACAGUGUAACCAGCCAUUCACCUGUUAGUCGGACUUACUUCCUGUCUGUCGAGGAAGUUGUAUGGGAUUACGCCCCUUCUGGAAUGGAUCUCUUUCUUGGAGGUCGACUGGAUCGUAAUGGAAGUAUUGCCUCUCAAGUCUACGCUGCGAAACCUAACAGAAUCGGUCGGCGCUACAAGAAAGCGCUUUACUUUGAAUACGCUGAUCGUACGUACAAGACCAAAGUAACUCGAGAUAGGAAGGAAACCCAUCUUGGAUUCUUGGGUCCCGUCAUUAGAGUAAACGAAGGUGAGAGGGUUGAGGUGUACCUGAAAAAUAUGGCUUCGCGCCCCUAUUCAUUCGUGCCCCACGGCACCCUUUAUAGCAAAGAUUCAGAAGGAUCAUUCUAUCGCACAAAGGACCAUCAUCAGAAACAUUUUGAUAGUGAAGAAGUAAACGGUUUGCUGACACAACCUGGGAAAACACAACUCUACGUUUUUGAAGCACCUUUCCUAGGAACACGUGACCCUUCAUGUAAGGUUUUUCCUUAUCAGUCAGGAGUGAAUUUCUUGAGAGAUAUGAACUCCGGGCUCGUAGGACCAAUAAUAAUCUGCAAAAAAGGGGCCACGUCUUUCCACAAUAUGGUAAACGUCGACAAAGAAUUCGUACUGUUAUUCUCUGUGGUGGACGAGAAUGUGUCGUGGUACUUGGAGGACAACAUAGCCACCUACGUACGAGACAAGAGUACACUAGAUCGAAUGGAAGAAGAUUUUAUUCGAUCGAAUUUAUUACACGUCGUCAAUGGAUAUGGUUAUGCUAAUCUGCCUGGGUUGGACAUGUGCGUCGGGGACCGAGUUAUGUGGCAUUUGUUUAACGUUGGCAAUGAAUUUGAUGUGCAUACGAUAUAUUUCCAUGGUCACACAUUCCAUAAGCAUAGAAUGAACAGCGAUGCUGAGGAACUUUCUCCAGCUUUGUCCGACUCAGUCAUCAUGGAUAUCGAUAAUCCAGGGAAAUGGGCGAUUGUCUGCCGUACGGGUAUACAUUACCAAACCGGAAUGCAGUUGCUGUACAAUGUCAAAGAUUGCGGGUACAAGCAUCAUCAUCAUCAUCUUCUGCAGAUGAGUGACUUUCAUUGGUUCCCUAACCAUGCCACGACGCGUUAUUAUUAUAUUGCGGCUGUGGAAGUCCAGUGGGAGUACGCCCCUUUGAAACGAGGGAUCAUCACAGGAGAGGAAAUCACUGACCCCGAUUCGGAAGGCUACGUGUAUGUGAGGAAAACAGGAAACUACAUCGGAAGCGUUUAUAAAAAAGCUGUUUAUAGAGAAUUCACGGACGAAACCUUCACGAAGAUGGUUCACAGAGGCGAACGUGACAUUCAUUUAGAUCUUUUGGGUCCUAUGAUCAAAGGAGAAAUCGGGGACACUAUCAAAAUCGUUUUCAAAAACAAAGCAUCCAGACCUUACUCAAUCCAUCCACAAGGGGUUCGUUACACCAAGCAAAACGAAGGACAAAUUUAUCUUGAUGGAUAUCCUAACAAAAAAAGUGGGCAAGUCGCACCUGGAGACACGUUCAUUUACACGUGGCAGGUAACAAAAUCGUCUGGUCCUGGCGCUGGUCAAAGCAACUGUAUUCCAUGGAUUUAUUAUUCCUCUUCAGAACCUAUCAGAGAUCCUUAUGCUGGUUUAAUUGGCCCGCUUGUUGUUUGUAGAAAAGGAUAUCUGGAUCACUCGGACAGAAGAAAUGACGUCGAUAGAGAGUUUGCGCUCUUGUUUAUCAUAAUUGACGAAAACCAAAGUUGGUAUUUGUCAGAGAACAUAGCUGCACAUACGAAUGUACGAGAUAAUGCAACUCUUCUAGCAGAUCCUGAAUUUUAUCAAAGUAACUUAAUGUUCACAAUCAACGGUAGAAUCUAUGGUAACAAUCGAGGACUGGUUAUGAAAAUCCACGAACGUAUCGCCUGGUAUAUAAUGUCCCACGGUGGCGAUAAAGAUGUUCACACGGCACACUUCCACGGCCAGACUUACCUGCAACGCUUCGAUGGAAUGCAUAAAGGUGAUGUUCUCGAGGUUUCUGCAGACACUGCGAAAACGGUGGAAAUAAAAGCUGAAAAUCCGGGCAAGUGGAUAUUACACUGCCAUGUAAAUGAACAUAUCAUCGGUGGCAUGGAGACAGCUUACACAGUCCUGGCACCUGGAGAGCAUUUAUAAUUAACGUCUGGUCGUUGAUUGCUGUAGACUUUACGCCGAUGAUGGUGGUGAUGACGGACAUGUUAUACAAUCGAAUUUUGUAAACUUUUGAAAUAAAUGGAAAA